AUGCUCAAGGGUCUUUUGCCGCCUAUACUUUUGCUCGAGAAUUUUGAGUCUCGGAGUUUCCCCUUUGGUCAACCCUACCGACCCAUUACUCAAAUCUUUCUCCCCGAGAGCCUCGCAGCUCGCCCUCAGCUCCUUGGCUAUAGCAUCCUUCAUCCAUCUGAAGUGCCUCGACAUGGCCUUCCGAGCAAGCCCAGUUUCCCAAUUGCGCCCCUCUCCAAACACAGCACAACUCCUGCAACAAUUCCUGCGCUGCCCUCGAAUAGCUCGAGUUCCUCAGCCAGUUUCCAGAUUCGAAAUGACCGAAAUAACCCUGACUCCCAUAAUCCAACCCCAAAACCCUCUGCGGAUUAUUACUCAUCCCAAAAUCUCCCAAUCCAUGAGAAUCAUCGCAAUUGCUCAUUUCCUGGUAAUAUUCACCCUGCCCGAGAUUGCCGAAUUUUCCCAAUUUUUCGGCUCUCAGUGAAGAAGACAAGGAGAGAGAAAGAGCUUGGGCCUCCAUGUUAA